AUGGGUGCCUUAAAAGACAUGGUCCUCUUCAUCUACACUAUGGCCCUUUUCGUCCUUCAUGCCGCCGGACUCUAUCAUCUCUUCCAUUCCGAGUGGACAUCCGGAUUCGAGUACAGAGAGAUGGCAUUCUAUUUGGGAGCAAUCACCGCUAUACAGUACCUCGACAUACCAUUUUCGUUCUUCCUAACCCGGUCGAACCCGUAUGCAGUUUUUGUUCAGGUCUCCGGUCGGCUCUUCACCCUCUACGCCGCCACUUACAUGGUUGGCUGGAAGUAUGUCGCAUUCACCCUUGUAGCAGUCUACUUGAUCAGUGAGCUCUGCCGUGGGCCCUACUACAUGACCAACUGCCUCAAGACACCCAAUAAACCGUUGACAUGGCUUCGUUACAACGCCUUCAAGGUGUUGUACCCAAUUGGAUUCACUUGUGAAGCACUAGUCUUCAUCAAUGUGCUAUUUGUCUCUGGAAGAGUCCCAAUUGACAUCAGAAACAAGAAUUUUAUGUUCUCCCUGGUCUUCGCCGCCUUCUUCUUCACAAUCGUCAAUUUCCUAUACCAGUCAAUGAGCAAAAAGGCGGAGCAAAAGAAUAGACAAUUGAAAAAUAUCAAGACUAAGUAA